AUGUGGAAGUAUGGGUUCCUGGUCGCCUUCUGCGCAGUUUUCGUGCGCGCCCAGUUUCCCAGAGAAUGUGUGACCCCCGAGGGACUCCGAAGUGGUCAGUGCUGUCCGUCUCCGACUGGGGCUCCGAAUGACGAGUGCGGAUCCAGCACCGGCAGAGGACAAUGUGUAUCAAUCAACGCAGACAGGCGACCCCACGGGCCCCAGUACCCUCACGAUGGCCGGGAUGACCGUGAGCGCUGGCCCCUCAGGUUCUUCAAUCGCACUUGCCAAUGUAACGGGAACUUCUCGGGUUACAACUGUGGACGAUGCAAACACGGACUCAGCGGAGCUAACUGCGACCUGCGCGUAUCUGUAGUCAGGAGGAACGUGAUGCAGAUGAGUGCGGACGAGAAGAGGGCGUUCGUGAACGCGCUGAACCAGGCCAAGACCACGGUGCACCCAGACCUGGUCAUCGCCACCAGAAGGUACCAGGAAGUAUUCGGGCUCGAUGGAAAUACCAUGCAGUUUGAGAACAUCACCAUCUACAACUACUUCGUGUGGUCGCACUACUACUCGGUCAGCAAGACGUUCCUGGGAGCCGGGCAGCCGAGUUUUGGAGGGGUGGACUUCUCUCACGAGGGCCCGGGUUUCGUGACCUGGCACAGGUUUCACCUCCUCCAGCUGGAGCGAGACAUGCAGGACAUGCUCCAGGAUCCAUCCUUCGCCUUGCCCUACUGGAACUUCGCUAUCGGCGGAAACACCUGCGACAUCUGCACAGAUGACCUGCUCGGGGCCAGGAGCAGCUUUGACGCAAACACCAUCAGCUCCAACUCACCCUUCUCUCAGUGGAGAGUGGUCUGUGAGAGUGUGGAUGACUACGAUACACUGGGGACAAUCUGUAAUAACACGGAAAGCAGCCCCAUCCGGAGGAACCCGGCCGGGAACGUGGCCAGGCCUAUGGUGCAGCGGCUGCCCGAGCCACAGGACGUGGUCGACUGCCUGGAGCUGAACACCUUCGACACCCCGCCCUACUACUCCACCUCCUCUGAGAGCUUCCGCAACACCAUCGAGGGUUACAGUGCGCCGCAAGGAAACUACGACCCUGUGGUUCGCAGCCUGCACAAUCUGGCACAUCUGUUUCUGAAUGGCACCGGAGGGCAGACUCAUCUGUCCCCCAAUGACCCAAUCUUCGUCCUGCUGCACACCUUUACUGAUGCCAUUUUCGAUGAAUGGCUCAGAAGGCACAGCCCUGGUAAUGCAGCAGUUUACCCUGUGGAGAAUGCACCCAUUGGUCACAACAGAGAUUUCAACAUGGUUCCUUUCUGGCCACCUAUCACCAAUGCUGAGAUGUUUGUGACAGCCCCUGAAAACCUCGGCUACUCAUAUGAGGUUCAGUGGCCAACUCGCCCGUACACCCUGACCGAGAUCAUCACCAUCUCCAUUGUGGGCGCUGUCGUUGCCAUAGCCAUCAUUGGCAUCGUGACCACAUGUGCAGUCCGUGCACGGUCAUAUCGCACAAGCGAAGGUCGGCAACCCCUGCUUGGAGAACAGUAUCAGCGGUAUUCAGACGAUCUCGACCGACGGCAGGAAAAAACUCAGUCUGUGGUCUAA